AUGACUGCUUCACCAAGAUCAACAAGCAACUCAACGAACGAGUACUAUAGUCUGUCAACCGGUUCAUCUCGUCCGGUUUCCCCAGUAAGGAGCUCACCUGAUGAUCACUCCAAAUCUUGGGAAUCCGACGUUACCCUUGUAGACAAUGUGUUUACUGUACCCAAUGGGGGAGUCGAGAGUAAUGUUCCAUUGCCUGCCAGAACUAUUAUGAAUCAUCACUCCACUGAAGAACCAUCAAGCACAAUUGGUUGGCCGGCAGCCAAGAAGUAUUCACCUGCAGCAUCCUCAGCUGUUGACACCCAGUGUCAAAGAAGUACCAUGUUUGGUGGCAGAGCAGACACGCAGGUAGGCGCGAGGGAGUCCAACUCACCUCAAUCCAACAGUAUGAGAACUCAGUCAAUCAAGACUGGCCAACGUUGGGGUGUGAGGAAACUUUUUCCAUCCAUAUUUGGCACACGAGCAAAGCCGGCAGAGGAGUUGGAAGAGUUGGUGUCAGAAAAGACUGUGGAACAGCAGCCUGAGGGAAUAAGCGGUUUUGAAGUACAAGCAGUGGUCUCGCAACUGGCAAUAGCGGAGAUGAUUGUUCUACUAGCUGCUGAGAAGGAGAAGACUGCUCAUUGGAAGGCCGAGGCUCAAAUGAGCUUGCCGGCACAUGUGAUACGAGAUCUCAGCGAGUUCAGAGACGGAAUUUGCUCGUGGAUAGGGAGUACAGUGGACCCUAUCCGUACUCGGCUGGGGAUGUCCUCCAUGUACCCAGCCCCUUCAGCCAUGGAAGAUGGGUCAGAGAUAAUUGACAAGUGGCUUCUGCAAAAAGUCCACCAAAUCCAAAUGAGCACUGCAAACGAGUUGAUGUCAGGCUACUGA